ACGAGAGUAAGCAAUGACCAGUGGAGCUACACAGGCUGUAUCCAGCGCGGAUAUUGUGAUGUCAGAGCCACGGCAUCACAGCUGUAUAAAGCACAAUAGCCACUCUUUCACACAACAGAGUGGUGCCACAUACUCUAUUGGUGGAGGUCACUCUUGUGAUUUGUUUCACUUUAAGCUAAAGGAUGUAAACAGCAGAAGUAGUGUGUUUAGGUGUAUCAGAAAUGAACAGAUUGGUCCCUGGAAAUGGAAACCACGGUCCAUUAUCAGUGACUAUGUUGCGCAUCAGAUGCCUAACCUCAUGCAGGAAACAGUGAUUCCCUUAGGUGCUUUAAAUAAAGUCUUCUCUUCGCAUUGGGUGGAUAGCAGAAAUGUGGUCUGUGCAACAAAGUGCAAUCAGUUGUUCGUAGUUGACACGAAGACGUGCCGCAAGACGUUCAUUCCGAUCCUGAAGUGCAGUUCGAUCAACGAGGACCCAGACUCGCCAUGCGGCAUUCACACAAUCGCCGUCAAUCGCUCGCGAACAUUCCUCGCGACGGGUGCUGAGCACACAAACGCGGUGGCAGUCUACCGGCUGCCGACCUUUGACCCUGUCUACGUUGGCGAGUGUGGUCACAAUGACUGGAUAUUUGACAUUGUCUGGUUAGAUGAUGAAUUCUUCAUAUCAGGUGCUCGAGACAGUAAACUUGCAUUGUGGCGUGUGAAAGAUGACGUGCCACAGGCGGUGACCUCACUCGCCUGUCUCGGAAAGUAUCCCAUCGUAAGACCACUGAGUGUUAAGAAGUGCCAAAAAGCAGAAAAAGUGAGAGCUCUGAGCUACAACAAUCAUACACAGGAGCUGGUGGUGCUAUCCCUGAGUGCCUACCUUCACAUAUUCGAUGCCCAGACCAUGAAGCAGAAAUUCUCGCGGAAGUUGCCGUUCUGUCUUGAGAACGUCUGCCUGACGAAUCACGAGGACUACGAGCUCUAUGCCGUCGGCAGCAAGUCCCACGUCACGUUUCUCGACUCGCGCACACUGAAGCCUGUCAACUACAUCGUGUCACCGUACCGGGGCUGCGGUAUUCGCUCAAUAAGCUUUCAAGGUAACAUCUUAACAGUGGGAACGGGCACCGGCUCAAUUUUAUUUUACGACAUCAGACAACGAAAAUUCUUAGAGUGCCACUGUGGUCAGAUGUCCAGUUUGAUGGUUGGCCCAGGCUACUUGCACAGAGACGAAGUCUACCAAGAACUCUUCGCAGGCGAAGUGUACCGUAACGCCAUCUAUACCCACUGUUAUGAUGCAAGUGGCACGAAACUAUUCGCUGCUGGCGGGCCACUGCCAGCAGGACUGUCGGGAAACUAUGCCGGAAUCUGGCAGUAGCAUCAUCCAUAGCGUGUCGGACAAGGCAGAAUUGUGAGGCAACUACAUGAGUGCAACAGACCGGAGAAGUGCAGAGACCAGACGAGUAACAAUAAAUCACACACAAACUUACAGGAAGCCGAUACAGCAAGCUUUGGCUCACAGUCUCUAUCUUGACCUGCUGCUGCUGUUGCUGCUGCGACAAUACACCUGACACACGAGUGUGGAAUGAUCUCAAAGUGGUGACACCAGGUGACACCUCAGUCUUGCGCAGUGUGUCAUACAUAACACUGAGCUCUGCGAUGAGCUGGUUACGGGACGUACAUUCCUGCUUGUUAUGCCGACCCUGACAUGCAGGCACCACACAUGGAGGUUCCACGUGCUGGUGUCAGUGGCAUCUCAAACCUUCCAUAUAGAUGCUAAGGUGCCAGAUCACACUUCACUUCCCUUGAUAGAUGUCCCGAGAAUGGACAGCACUCCGUGAAGCACUCAUACGUUUAUUUGUUUUGUUUAUAUAUAUAUAUGAAAUCAGGAGUAGAUAAUAGGGAAGGAGUGUGACAUCAA